AUGGCACCCCUUGCCAGCAAUAUGGGAGCCGCAGCUUCGAUGAAAACGCAUGGCCUUAAUGGCCAAUCUUAUGAGAUUACCACUCAUUUAGACCAAUAUAUCCCAACAAACAUUAGCUUCAAUGGUAGCGGUCAUGUUGCCCUACUGCCAUCAAACCAAACUUUGCCAAAGAGCAGUCUGCAGUUGAACGCUAGCGUGAUGAAAGCUCAUGCCUCACAUCUGGAUAACAACUUCAAUCAAGCCAGUGUCACAAAUCUGUAUUCUGUCCCAAACAGCAACUCAAACCCAGGCCUUCGGGUAGGAAGAACGUCUUUAGAGGGGGUUGACUCUAGUUCCCGAAGCACAGAUUAUCUGUCUCAGGAUGCUCAUGCAACUACGGCCCAUGGUAGAUCGAGCGAUUCGAUCACGACUACUUCAUUCCUGUCUCAACCGAGUCAAACUAAACCAACUCCAUCGAUAACAAACAUCAACAAGCUCUCUUCAUCUUCUUUGGUCACAGACACUAAAAACGCAGAUAGCGUGAAUGGGCUCCCGAAAUAUCGCCCUAGAUCCUCCAUACCCUCGAGACUUCCAGCUGCAGUUUACGCUCAGCAAUGCGUCUCGGCAGCUUAUGCAUCUAGACUCAAUCCGUACGCAUUGCACAUAAAGGAGCAGGAAGCGUUGCAGGAUUAUUUGUGUCAUCUGCACGUCACGGUAUAUCUGAACAUACGGAAUGGUAUACUUCGACUAUGGACUCGAAAUCCCAUGGUGAGCGUUACCAAGGAGGAAGCUCUUGGAUGUGCGAAGGACUACCGUUGGAUGAACCUUGCCUCUUUCGCGUAUGAAUGGUUGGUACGAAAUGGGUACAUCAACUUCGGCUGUGUCGAAAUUCCUAUGCCUUUUGUAACUCCAAAGAAAGGCCGGCGCAGGGAAGGUCCAGUGGUUGUCGUGAUUGGGGCUGGAAUGUCAGGUCUUGGUUGCGCACGGCACUUGGAGGGUCUGUUUCAGCAUUAUCGUGACGCAUCCACAACCCCUCGGGUCAUCUUGUUAGAAGGAAGACGCAGAAUUGGGGGUCGUAUAUACUCACAUCCUUUGCGAAGUCUUCAGACAUCUAAGUUAGGUCCCGGACUAGUCCCUAAGGCCGAGAUGGGUGCGCAUAUAGUUGUUGGUUUCGACCGUGGUAAUCCGUUAGACCCAAUUAUUCGGAGCCAGCUGGCUCUUCCAUAUCACUUGUUACGCGACAUCUCGACAAUUUAUGACAUAGAUGGUUCACCGGUGGAUGAGAUUCAGGACGCGAUGGAUGAAAGGCUCUAUGACGAUGUCUUGGACCGUUCCGGGUUCUAUCGACAUAAAUCCAUCGUCGUUCCUACCGCGGAAGGCGAGCGGGAAUUGAUUGAUUCAGGUCGCGAUUUGUCAACAAGCGAUGGUGUCACAGUAAGACAAUACGAGGAAGCAAGGGCUUCCGGUACUAUCGGCCUACUGCUUCCCACAAAGCGUGUCCGCCGAGGCGUAGGUCAUAAAACCGCAGACAUCAAGGCGCCUGGAGCGUCGGGCGCAGAUCUUGCACGUUCGGAGGAGCAGCCAGCUGCUUUAACGUGUCAAUUGAACGGUUGGAGAUUGAACGAUGGUAUCCCAGCUAACGCUACUUUAAACCUGGACCCUGUCGCCAAAAUUUCGUCGUCUCAAACGUUAGGUGCUGCGCUAGACGAGGGCAUCCGCCAAUACCAGCGGAUGCUCCCUCUAUCCCCAAAAGACAUGCGGUUGAUUAACUGGCACUUUGCCAAUCUGGAAUAUGCGAACGCGACUAAUGUCAAUAGACUUAGUCUUUCCGGGUGGGAUCAAGAUAUAGGAAACGAGUUCGAAGGCGAGCAUUCGCAGGUAGUAGGUGGGUAUCAACAAGUCCCGUACGGGCUAUUCUCAUUACCUACAAAACUCGAUGUUCGAACAAACAAGAUAGUGUCCAAGAUAUUAUACGACCCAUCUGGAAUGGGCAAACAAAAUACAGUUGUUCACUGUGAAGACGGCGAAUCGUUUGUGGCAGACAAAGUGGUCUUCACCGGCUCCUUGGGCGUUCUCAAGCAUCAAUCCAUACAGUUUGAACCCCCUCUGCCCGAAUGGAAAUGUGGAGCCAUCAAUCGACUCGGGUUUGGAGUAAUGAAUAAGGUGAUUCUGGUGUUUGACGAACCAUUCUGGGACACUGAACGAGAUAUGUUUGGGCUUCUGCGCGAACCCACAAAUCGAAACAGCACUAUUCAAGAGGAUUAUGCUACCAACCGGGGUCGAUUCUACCUUUUCUGGAAUUGUCUGAAGACUACCGGGCUCCCUGUCCUCAUUGCUCUUAUGGCCGGAGAUGCCGCUCUUCAGGCGGAAUGUACCCCUGAUGACCAAAUCAUCGGGGAGGUAACUAGCCAACUCCGCAAUAUAUUCAAACAUACGGUGGUUCCCGAUCCAUUAGAGACAAUAAUCACCAGAUGGAAGUCCGAUAAAUUCACUAGGGGCAGUUACUCCUACGUGGCAGCGCAGGCACUUCCAGGAGAUUACGACCUGAUGGCCAAGCCGAUUGGCAAUUUGCACUUUGCAGGGGAGGCGACAUGUGGCACUCACCCUGCCACUGUCCACGGGGCGUACCUCUCUGGGCUCCGCGCUGGCGCUGAGGUGAUCGAAUCCAUACUAGGACCCAUAGCACUACCGAACCCCCUUGUACCGGAGAAGGGAAAAGCAGAACUUAGCACCCCAACAACAGCAGGACAAAAGCGAAAAGAGCCACACAUGUCUGUAGCAUCAUCCACUGGCAAUACUCCCACCAACCCAGCAGACUCAACCUCACCCACAUCAGCCCGUCAACAAGCCUACGAACAAGCAAUGUGGACAUCAGUCCAAUCGGAAAUAGGCCCUCCCAUGCCCCGACCAGCAAGAACAGGCCUAAACCCUUUCCUCCUCUACCAAAAAGACUACUGGGGCAUAUGCCGCGCCCAAUGCGAUGAAGCUCGCCGGGCGGCAACGAACGAUCCCAAUGCUAAAGCUGCUCGCGAUGAGAUCCGUCAUGAGCUCGGGCUCAUGUGGCGGCGAGCCAGCGAGGAGGAAAAGCGGCCGUACAUCGAACAGACAGAGGUCAACCGACAGACAAAUGCGGAAAUGUGGAGUCGAUGGAAACAACAGAUCGCCGAGUGGGAGCAGAAGGCUGGCGAAUUGAAGACGAAGUGGUAUGCAGCUAAUCCAUUUGCAAGUUGGGGAAUACAUUCUGCAGAUACUGCUGUGCCGACAAAUCACUUAUCCACUGGUGCUGGUGGUACUACUUCGUCUAUUUCUUCAUUGGGACAGCAUAUAAACAACUCGCGCGAUCAGACUCAAGGAGGAACUAUUGCUGCGACUGUCCAUCCCCAAACAAAUGGGGUACAAGUGAACGGCUCGUUGCAUACCUCUUGA